AACGUCAACGUUGACAGAUCCUUAAAAAAAGAUCUACAGAUUAAACAGGUUUAACUGUUACUAUUAAUGCGUUAAAAUGAGUGCAGAGGAAGUUGUUUCUAAGUUAAAAACCAACUCGGAACAAAACUGUGAUGAAGCUGUACGUCUGUUAGUGAAAAUAGCUGAAAAUAUUGUUAAAGAUCCGGCUAACCUAAAAAUAAGGUCUCUACAAAAAAACAAUUCCACUAUAAAAAAUAAAAUUUUGUCGGUUAAAGGAGGUUUGGAGUGUUUGAAAUUAAUGGGUUUUCAAGAGAAUGAGUCUAGUUUCACACUACCUUCAACAACAUCUGUGGAAAAAUUGCAAGAAGUGAAAAGUUGUCUCUUGAAUUUGAAAAACAGCGACAAACAACAGGGGGCUGUACCCAAAGUAAAGCAAGAUACUAUUAUCAAGAGUAAUAACAGCAAUUUCGAAGUUAAUGGCGAUGAUUUAGAUAAUGUGAAAAGAUUUGUUUUACCUCCCCUUAAAAAGCAAUUUACCAACCCUUUUUUACAAAGGAUUGAAACCGAAUUCCACAGGGCACUCGCUUUUGACGACAAAGAAUGUCAAAAGCGUGCUAAAAAACUAAUUCCAUUGGAUAGGCUUGAAAAAAAUGCACAGAGAAAUUUGCGUUAUGUCCAAACCCGAAUAAAAAAUGAGAGAGUUCAAGACCCGGAAUUUUCCAUCCAGGAUAUGUUAGUCGUGGAAUUGUUAAAAUGGUUCAAAGAAGAGUUUUUUUCAUGGGUCGAUUCUCCCGAUUGUGAGAGUUGUGGGGGAAACACCGUGAUGUCACAUAUGAGUUCUGAUAAAAGCGAUUUAGUUUAUACCAACAGAGUUGAAGUCUAUAAAUGUAAAACUUGCAACUCAUUUACUAAGUUCCCCCGUUUCAACGAUUUGAAUAUUUUGUUGGAAACCCGGAGAGGGAGGUGUGGAGAAUGGGCUAAUGUUUUUACUUUAUUUUGUUGCUCUUUGGGGUGGGAUGCUCGGUAUGUUGUUGAUGAAUUGGACCACGUUUGGACUGAAGUUUAUUCAAUUACGCAGAAACGAUGGGUCCACUGUGACUGCUGCGAAAACGCAUAUGAUACACCCCUAAUGUACGAAACAGGGUGGAAUAAGAAAUUAACAUACAUUAUAGCGUAUUCUCCUGAUGAAGUCCAGGAUGUAACCUGGCGUUAUUCUAGUAAUCAUAGAGAAGUUCUUGCACGAAGAAAUAAAUGUAGCGAAGACAUACUUGUGAAUGCAUUAAUUACGCUCAGAAAUGAACGUCAGAAGUCAUUUAGUACAACCAAACGGGAUUACCUAACUAAGAGAUUGGUUGCUGAGUUAAUAGAUUUGAUGGUUGAGAGAAAACCGAAUGAUAAUGAAAAGUUCGGCCGCAUUUCGGGGUCAAAAGAAUGGAGAAGUGCAAGAGGUGAAAUAAAAAAUGAGAAUAUGUAUGUGUGGAUUAUUUCGAGUAAACAUAUCGUUAAUAAUAAAGUGACAAUUAAAUAUUCCACCGCUUUAGAUAAAUACGAAUUUGUGAAGGGAGAUGAUGGUGUUUUGAUUGUAAAUGAGUGGCAAUAUGGUGUUUAUGACUUCAGUAAUAUGUUUAGGAAGGAAGAGAAAGAUUGGAAAACUGUUUACUUAGCCAGAAAUGAAGGGACUGACCAAGGAAGUGUAUCAUGGAAAUUUGAAUUAGAUAAAGGGGUUAGAAAAUGUAUAGAUAAUUUAUCAUUAAAAUUCAAUUAUCAGCUAUAUGAAAAUGGGGUAGUACAAGUACAAUUAAUUUCCGAUAAUAAGUGUGUGGAUUUUCAUAAUACUGAAGGGGUUGUGGAAACUCAGGCUUUUUCGGGAGUGAGGCAUUUUACUAUUAAGGCUACUUUAAGUGGAGGAAAGGGCAGUGUGGCCUGGCAGCAUGCCCAGUUAUUUCGUCAGUCCUGUGACAGUAAAGAUUUUCCAUUUGUUCUUUGUGUAACCUUUAAAAAUGUUGAAUAAAUAAAUAUUUUAAUAUGA